AUGUGUGGUAUCUUUUUCUCUCUGAGCACAUCAGGCCCUGUUCUUCCCGCAGAGGAGACAGCUACUUUAUUGCGAAACAGAGGACCGGACAGCUUUCAGACUCAUACUAUCCAGCUGGGAAUCGCCCCUGGUCAAGACAGCGUCGAAAAGCUUUCUCUUACUUUUAUUUCCACUGUUCUGGCUCUGAGGGGUGACCAUGUUCAUGCCCAGCCUCUGGUUGAUGACGCUAGCAAGUCCGUGCUUUGCUGGAACGGAGAAGCAUGGAAAAUCUCCGAUGACCCCGUUCAGGGAAAUGACACUGAGCUCAUAUUCUCCCUUUUCCUUGACUGUGUGAAGGUGAACGGGGAUGUGGCAUCUCCGCCGGACUCACUUGGCAGAAUCUGUAACCUUGUCAACAGUAUCUCAGGGCCGUUCUCCUUCGUGUUUUACGAUGGGAUUAAUUCGAGAAUUUAUUACAGCAGGGACUGUUUAGGAAGACGAUCUCUGCUCCAAGGCGUCGAUGAGGAGGGAAACUUGAGGAUCUGUAGCAUCUGUGAUGGAACCUCCUCUACGCAUUUCGAGGAAGUUGACACUAACGGACUGCACAUGAUUGACCUUGCGCGUACAUUCCGCGAUGACUCGCUGGAUACAGCUGUCCUCAACCACGCUGGCCGUGCAUCUGCUUUCAAUAUCACUACUAUACCUUGGCUGUCCAAAGACGACGCCACUACCCCUACUUAUUUCCUUAAUCCCAUCCCCUCUAUGAAUCGAGAAGUACCUGCAGGAACACCUCCUACACUCGAUCUUGGUUCCCCUGCUGUUGAAACCCUCAGACAGAAGCUCUGGCGAUCGCUUGAACUAAGGAUUCGAAAUGUUCCAGAACCCCCGCACUACUCUGCAGCACAGAAUUCGAAAGUCGCCGUUCUCUUCUCUGGUGGUCUUGACUGCACAGUACUAGCCCGGUUAGCUCACGAAAUCCUUCCGGCAGACGAAUCCGUCGAUCUUCUCAAUGUUGCCUUCGAAAACCCUCGCGUUGCAGCGGCGGCCGCGAAGUCUCAGACAAAAUCCAAUGAAUCCGUAUAUGAACGUUGCCCGGACCGCAUUACCGGCCGUGCAGCACACGCGGAGUUGCAGAGCGUGUGUCCAGGUCGCACCUGGCGGUUUGUUGCCAUAGACGUGCCAUACAGCGAGACAUCGGAACAUAGAGAGCGCGUGAAGCGCCUCAUGAGGCCACACAAUACGGAGAUGGAUCUGUCAAUUGCGUGCGCGCUGUAUUUUGCUUCCCGCGGCCAGGGUACCAUUGCCCAAGUGACUGGAGAAACGACGCAAGCUGUCCCUUAUACUACUUCAGCCAGAGUUCUCAUCUCAGGCUUGGGAGCUGAUGAGCUCUUCGCCGGGUAUGGCCGGCACGGGGUGGCAUUUUCUCGCGACGGCUUCGCAGGUCUCAUUGAUGAGAUCGACCUUGACGUCGGGCGUCUCGGGAAGAGAAAUCUUGGACGCGACGAUCGGGUCAUCUCGCACUGGGGCCGUGAAGCCAGAUUCCCCUAUCUUGACGAAGACUUUGUCGCUUGGGCCGUGCAGGCUCCUGUGUGGGAAAAGUGCGGGUUCGGAACCGAGACUCCUGAUCCAGACUCGUCAGCCAAUUCCAACACUAACGGAACGGAUAUCGACGACAUUGAAGCUCAAAAAAGGGUUCUUCGUCUGCUGGCUCUGCGACUGGGUAUGAAGAACGUGGCACGCGAGAAAAAGCGGGCCAUUCAGUUCGGGGCGCGUACUGCAAAAAUGGAAAGUGGCAAGAGCAAAGGUACUCAUAUCCUGACCUGA